AUGCCGGCACCACCCGAAGUCCAAGGAGCGACGCUGGAAAGGUUCAUCCAGGGCUGGAUGGGAUGGACCCCCGAAGGCUUCCUUGCCACAUGGUCCGACGACUGCACCCAGAGAACGCUUCCUUUCAGUUUCGAUGCUCCGAUUCGAGAUCGCCCGCACGUGGAGAAAUUCUUCCCGAUUCUCAUGUCUUACCUCUCGAACUUCAAGCUCACGAUCCACAACGUGGUGCACGAUACGACCUAUGGCAAGGCGGUCAUCUACGCCCUCGCCGAAGCGGACACGCCUUCUGGGCCGUACCGGAAUGAGCACGCCCUCUUCCUGUGGUUUGACGAGAGCGGCGAGAAGGUCAAAAAGAUCGAGGAAAUGUUUGACACGGUUGUGAUGAAGGACAUUCUCCCGAAGAUUAACGAGUAUGUUGCCCAGUUGAAGGCAAGGGGAGAGGCAUAA